AUGAGGCGGGGCGCCGGCCGCGCCUUCCACCUGCCGCUGGAGCUCGGCCACCCGCUGGUCGUGGUGCUGCGGGCCGCCCUCGAGCACGGUGGUCCGGGCAGAGAUGCACAGGCACGCCACUCGGCGGGCUGCGCCAUGGCCGGGGCCCUCCUGGGCCAGGUCAUCGCGGCGCACGAGGGGGAGGAGCCGGCCGCACACGCCGGCGCGCUGGGCCCCCUGCUGGCCCUCCACGCGCUGGCCAGGGUCUCGCCGGACCUCUGCCUCCCGCCAGACCGGCCCGGCUCCAUGCUGGCCAGCCUGGCGCCCUACCUCCGGGGCGCCGGCUCUGCAGGCGCCGGGGACCGGCUGCACGCCGACUACCUGCUGGCGCUGCUGGCGCUGGUGCACAGCCUGGUGGAGGCGCUGGGGCCCGCCACGCUGCUCGCCCAGGGCGCGGGGCUGGUGGAGACGCUGGCGUCCCUGGUCAACAAGCACCCCUUUGUCCAGGACCCCGACCGGGAGGGGCCCCAGCGCCCGCACCUCUCCCGCUUCCUCUUCAUCCUGGGCCAGCUGUGCCGGCACGGCGGGGGAGCGGUGCUGGACGAGGGCCGGCGCGGUGUAACUGCUGGCGUGACCCUCUCCGUGCCGGCCGCGACGCCCACGGAGCGGGAGUCUGCGCUGCAGGCGCUGGGCGGCCUCGUGCUCGCCCGGCCCGGCAUCAUGCUGGGCCCGGGGGCGCCGCCCAAUGUGGCCAUGAAGCAGGCUCUGGCGGACGACGCGGCGGCUGCCCUGAAGCUGCGGGCCCUGUCCAACCUCGCAGACCUACUGCACCCCGAGGGGGCGACGAGGACAGCGGGCGAGCGCCCAGGAGCGGUGGCGGUGGGCAGCGUGCCGACGUGCAACGGCACCGGCGACGCCCUGUCCCACGUCGGCAGCAUCGUUCAGGACCACUGGGACCUGGUGCUGGCACGGGCGCUGGAGAGCGGCGCGGAGGAGGCCGAGGCAGGGCUGGUUGGGCCCUGGACGGCGGUGCAGGCCCUGGGCACCCUGGCCUGCGACCCCGGAGCGGAGAACGCCGCGCGCGCCGUGGCCCUGCUGGGGUCGCUGGUGGCCCGCCACGCCGCCUACGUCGGCGCCGAGCGCCUGGUGCAGGGCAUCCAGGCCGCUCCCGCUUUCCUUGCUACCGCGGACGCCGGGCACGGGGUGCGCCUCCUGGAGAGGAGCGGCGUCUUUGCCUCGCUGACUGAGCUGUACGAGCUGGCCAUCCGACCCCACCCCAAGCUCUGCACCGAUUUUUUCAAGGUGGCGGUGCGCCGCUUCCGGACGGCUGCCAGCGUCCCAUGCGUACCGCCGCCCGACGCUGCCGCUCCCCCUGCCUCAACCGGCCACACAUCGGAACUGCCCUUCCUCGCCCUCACGCUCGCCCACCUGCGGCUGCGGAGGGGGGACGAGGCCUGUGCGCUGCUGGCAGAGGUAUCCGGCGUGCUCUCUGCCCGCGGUGAGGAGGCGGCCUGGGAGCUGCGGGAGGCCCUGGCGCGGGGAUCACAGGACCCGGGCGGUCCCACGCCCAGCACCGCGCCCUUGCUCGCCCUGGCCCUCCUGCUCCGGCUGAAGAACUACCUGCAGGGCGCCUACGCCAUCAGCGACGACCGCAUCGCCGCCUACGCCUCGUCUGGUGAGCGGAGGAGGCAGGAGGAGAGGAUCCAGGUAUCCCCCAGCUGCGCGCCGGACGCUCGAGCGCUCGCGCCCGAGCACUUUGGAGACAUGGCGUCGGGACAGGCGCAGGAUCCGGCCGCUGCCUUGCAGGCAUUUGAGGAGGCGCUGGGGGAGGAUGGUGCCCCUGUCAUUCAGGCGAGCACCCCCGCAGAGCACGGCACUGGGCAGAAGACAGCGGGCGGCGUCAACAAGCGGAGGAGGACCGGCAUGGGCGGGGUCGGCAAAGGGAAAGAGAAUCACACCCCUUCCCCUGGAGACAGCACAGAGGAUGUCGAUGCUGAGCCAAUGAGCACGCGGGGCAAGAGCAGGGGGGCGAGGGGCGCCAGCAUCACGCCCCAGACCACUGUCCUCCGCACGAGCUCCCGGAUCAAGCGGUCCCUGGCAAGGGUCGCCACCGCGCAGGCCUCAGAUCCUGAGUCAGAGGGUGAGGGUGGGGAUGCCACCGAUGGGGAUGACGACUGGAGCCCCGGGGCCGACCAGACUCGUAAGAAGCUGAGGCUGUGA